GCUUGACAGAGCACGUGAUAUGUCAGCAUCUUACAGAAUCUCACUCUCUUAAAAGACUCCAACUUCAACUCCAAGAUUCAUCCAUCCAAAAAACAGACCUCUCAUACAUACUAACCAGGCAAAAACCAGCCAUGGCAACAGACAUCCCCAUCUCCCAAAUAAAACCCAUCUACCCCAUCCCCGACAACUCCACUGCGCGGAAAGAAGCUCCCUCCAUCCAGAAAACCAUCCAAACCCUACACCUAAUCCCGCACAUCGAGGGAGGCUACUUCGUUGAAACAGACAGAGAUCCCCUCCGGAUACCCAAUCCAUUCCUGUCACAGGAAAACAACUACCCCACAACAGCUGCAGCUGCAGACAACACCACGAGAUCAGCAAGUACAUCCAUAUUCUACUACCUCACCCCGGGGUCGCCGUUGGGUGCCUUUCACCGCAACCGUGGGAGGACGGUACAUACGCUCCACUGGGGCAGGGGGCGGUAUGUCCUUAUCCAUGCCGAUGAGGUGGUCUCUAGUGGUGAUGGUGAUGGGAAGGAGACCGUGACGGGAAAGGCGCGCAUCGAGACCUUCCUAGUUGGUCCUAAUAUCGAGCGGGGGAGAAGUUGCAGUGGGUCGUGGAGGGGGGAAAGUUCAAGGGGACUUAUCUUUUGCCUGACGAAGAGGGUGAUCCGGAGAAGAAGUCGGAAGGGCUGUUGAUUAACUGUUGUUCCUGGUUUCGAGUACUCGGACCAUGACUUCCUGCGUGUCGAGAUGACAGAACAGCUUCUUACGCCAGAGCAGGUUGAUGAGCUGAAAUGGAUGCUUAGGAAGGUAGAUUAAUGAUCUGAUCUAUUUGCAUGAGUCAUGACAUGAUGUUGAUGAUAGGUACGGCAAUCUAUUCUAUCUAUAGUACAAUCUCGGGAAUAUACUUCUAGUCUUCUACUGUACAUGGCAGU